AUGGCGUCAACAAGUCAACGACCCCUCCUCCUCAUUGCCCUCCUCACCCUGUCCCUCUUCGCCAUCUCCGCCACCGCAUCAAGGCCCUGCAAAACCCUCUUCGUUUCCUCCUACUCCUUCUCCCUCCGCCGUCUCCCCUCCUCCUCUUCCUCCUCCGGCUUCGUCACCGUCGUCACCGAAAUCGGCCAGCUCCGCCCCGUCCACAUCCACCCUGCCCGCUCAGAAGACGUCUUCGUUCCACACCACCACAACCACCACCACGACAGCGAGAAGCGGACUCAGACGGCACCGCUCUUUCCCUUCAUCGGAACGGCUUCUUCGUCGUCGUCCUACGACCUCAGCUCCCUGCGCGAUCGCACCAAGGACAUCAUGAGCGUCGUCGUUUCGCUGCUUUUCGGCGUUGGCUGCGGCGCGCUCACCGCCGCCACUAUGUACCUGGCUUGGUCCGUCUUCAUCAGUCGCCACGACGACAGCGGCUCCAGCUCUUUCGAUGACGAUUUCAAAGACUUCAGCCCGAAGAAGGUGGGUUAUGUCAAGAUUCCGGAGGUGACCGCUGACUCCGUUUCCCCACCACAGUCUACAGUCAAGGAAGCCGCCGCCGCCGCAGUGUGA